ACCAAAAUGUUUUGUUUAUAUUGUGUUUAUUGUAGUGAAGCAUGGAGGCGGCAAAAAAUACCUUCUCUUAUAGACGGAUUACCAUCUGAGCGAGAUUUUCGUUCGGACGAAGUGCAACAAGCAUUGGAAGAAAUUUCAAUGGAGGAGUCCAGACAGAAAUAUGAGUUACACGGCGGGCAGAGUACAGGAACAAACACUGUAAGCCCUGUUAUCCAAAAUGAAAACGAAGCCGGAACAUCGCAACUACCCAGCAGUCCUGAUUCUGUUCGAGGUGCCGAAGGGGGCGCUCCGCGAGUAGAAGAAGCAAAUGAUGACAUAACUAUACUGAAAGAAGUCGAGUCAUUGCUAACCAGUCACCAAAGACAGUUAGGCGGUGCUGUCAUACCACUUCGGGUGUCAAGAGAAAAUAUAUUAGAGAAACUUAUAGUUUAUUAUUCUGAAGAAGAUUUGGCAACGUCUCGCAUUACUGUGAAGUUUAUUGGCGAGGAAGGCAUGGACUGUGGUGGUGUCACUAACGAAAUGUUUACAACAUUUUGGUACCGAGCUCAAGAGGAAUUCUUCAUUGGUUGCGAGGCAGUGGUGCCGUACCUUCCCCCUCAACGAUUCACAGACGAUUCAAAGUAUCAAGUUCUUGGCAGGAUAUUAUCCCAUUCCAUUGCUGUUAUGAAAGAAUUUCCGAUACAUAUGUGUAAAAGCACGAUUAUUGCGAUGAUCUAUGAAACAACGGAUGUUUCGGCUGAGAAUCUAUUUGAAGAUUUCCUGUACUUUCUGGACAGCCAUGAUCGUAAUUUGGUUACCACGGCAAUAAACAAUUACAGUAGUUUAACUUCUGAUCAAGCAGACGAACUAAUGACCAUAUUUGAGAGAUACGAAUAUGCAAUUAAAAUAACAGCCGAAAAUUUUAGGUAUCACGUGACCCAAUUGGCACGCCAUGUGUUAUGUAUACGUCCAAAACCAUUACUAGAAAAAAUGAGGUCAGGAAUACCGAAGUCGCACAUGGAACGAUUUUGGUCGAAUGUCCAUUUGAAGACAGUAAGCGUUCUUUUUCGUGCACUAAAACCAACACCAGAAAGAGUUAUCGCCCGCUUGAAAACACCAUUGCCCUUGGAUUCUGGAAUAGAACGUAUGGUUUUCGGUUUUCUAAAAGACCUGUUGACAGAAAUGACGACACCAGAGUUGGAGACUUUCCUUCAAUUUGUAACAGGAAAGAAAUCUGUACCACGGGAGAAGAUAACUAUUAAGAUUAAACUAGGCAUCACUAAACUGAGAUUACCGAUGGUUCACACGUGUUCAAACAUGUUGAAGUUGCCAUAUUAUAUAGAUUACGAAACCUUUCGCUCCGAGUUCAAACACCUUCUGGCAUCCGAUAAAGCACUGAAAAUGUCAAUGGUGUAG